GCGUGACGUUAAUUUCAACAUGGCGGACUGAGACAAACUUUCUUGUCAGUUCGACUCGCGUCUUCUGCCAGGUUUCUUCGGGGUACGGAAAAUCUUUGGGUUACUUGUGGUUGAAGGGUCCAGAGGUCGUCCAUGGCGAGGGCUUCCCCGUCCCGUCUGCCGGCGCUCCCAUCGUCCGAGGGCGGGGAGCGGGGCCUGGUUCCUCUCCGCAACCGCAGCCCGCCGACCUUCCACCGGCUGGACGUGCUCGAGGACAGGCUGCUGCACCAGGAGAAGACCACCCAGUCCCUGGUAGACCGAGCCUUCCGUAUUAAGGAGGACCUGAUCGAGAGUCUGAGUUUCACCAAGGGAACCCUGCAGGGGGAGCAGACCGCCAGGCAGCUGCUGGAGGACCACAUCAGGACCAUCACCGUCGUGGUCAAGAGACUCAGCAGGGAGAUAGAGGUGUUGGAGGACCAGAUAAAGGCAAAGGAGUCGGAGAUCCAAGGAACCAACAUCACCGCCAAGAACCUGGAGUUCCAACAUGUGGCCGGGGUCGGAGACCUCAGGGGCAGGGUCGCCAGAUGUGAUGCGUCCAUCGCCCGUCUGGCGGCAGACCUGCGUACGGUGUCGGAGUCUCUCCAGGCUGUGCACAGAGAACAGACCAACAGUACCGCCAUCCUCAAGAACAAACUGGACAGGCUGGAGCAGUCGACCAGUGAGUUGAACAGCAACCUUGGUAAGACGACGACAGAGCAGAGCUCCAAGCUGAAGGAAGUAGAAGGACAGAACAGCAGCCAGCUGGCCCUGCUGGACUCCAAAACCCGCGGGCUGGUCGAGGACAUCCGCGCCUCUAUCGCCUCAAACCAUCGGUACGCGGAGGGGGAGAGGGAGAGGCUGGAGCAGCACCUGCUCAACAGGAUUGAACUGUCCCACCACACAAGGGAUGUCAGACAGGCGCAGUUUGAGAAGAGAGUGGAGGACAAGAUCGACAAGCUGGCCACGCGGCUGAAGAAGCUGGAGGAGGAAGUCCUGCGCCAGGCGGAGCGCGCCAAGGCCGACACCUUCGCCCAGACCACCAGGACGCGCAUGGAACGUCUGGAGAGGCUGCAGAGGGAGGAGGUGGAGAAGCUGCGGGCCGAGCUUCACCAUGGGUUCAAGGACGUGCACCACAGCAUGAACUCCAUGAGGUCAGUGAUGGAUGGAAAGAGAGAACUGCUGAAGGAGGAGCUGCAGAAGGAACUGACCCAGGUUAGGAAGAUGGUGGUGCUCAUCUAGGAAGAGAACAAGUAAUCUUGUGCUUAUCUCAAAUCAGCAGGGGACAAGCAGAACCGGGCAGAAUUGCCAAAGUUCAAGAAAGCCUAUUAAUUAUAUCUCCUUCACACUAAAUGUUGAGUGAGCUGGAAUGCCAUUGGCAUGAAAAUGUCUUUAGAAUACCCACUGUUACAUACAAUUGUCAUGUACAUAUGUAUACAGGUUCAUAUUCUUCCUGAUUGUAUGAAUGUUCGUUCUUCCAUGCAUCAAAUUUGAAUUCUUAAGAGACAGCAGAGGCAGAAAAGUUUGUGGUGAAAGUACCAAUGUUUGGUAAAGCAGUUUCUGUAGCAAGAUUUGUACCUGCAUGUCUGUCAAGUACAUGAUAUUUUAAGUCAAUGAAAAUAUCUAUGUAACUAUUAUGUAAUUUUCAUUCUAAGAAAGAACAUGAAGAGAAUUAAGAUACACAUUUUGUACUUGGAACAUUAUAUUAAUACCAGAAUGUAAUUUUAUCAAAAUCUUUAAUGAAUACUUGUUGACAAUAAUAUGAGCCUUCAUUGUACUUCCCGUUAAUGUUGUGAAUCCAUGUGUUAAAUCUAUGCAAACAUGUAAGGAUGGAUGUAUAUAGUAGAGAUGUAGGUAUAUAUUAUUAACAAGAGUUAAGAGCAUGUUGUACAUGUUACAUGUACAUACUUCUUUUUGUUAAAUAGAAGUUUGUGGUUGUUUUUCAAUCUCCAUGUACAUUCCUGUUGAUUCUAUUUUUGAUAAUUCUUUAGAUUGUUCUUAUAAGUCCAAGCUUGAUGGCUAAAAUAGUGUUUUACUUUAUGUACAUGGUAGGUCUUUUAUACACUGUAAUGGCAAGACAUAAACAAAAAAAUUAUGUAUUCUAUGCAACAGACCUAUUUCUAUGCUCACUACCUCAGUGAACCUGCAUUUCUGCUUCGUUAUGCUGUAAAGUUUUUCUUACGUAAAUACAAUUCUAUUGAAAAUAAACAAACACUUUUAGUACUACUUUAAA